UUACCACAUGAGAAGGAAAAGAUGUGGAUAGCAACAGCGAAUGUCGUCCUUAUACCAUCCCGUCUUCGGAAACAACUCACUUGCAGCUCGAUUGCCAGUCAGGAGUACGGGACGGAAAACGCAGUGAAUCCCAGUUGCGGCCCGAAUCUUCCCUGCAAUGCAUGGAUCAUGCACGAACGUCGACAACUGUCUGUCUUCAAAUACUGCAAGGUUCGGAAUGGCAUGUUUCUCAAGCAGUCAAGUGAACCCUCUGUGGAACACAAACUCUCUCCCUAAGCCCUAACGUCGAACUUUUCACCACCAAGAGGAUCGGUCCUUAGGACAGUAUACAUGUUUAGUCAAGGUACUCCCAGCGUGUGAAUUAUGCUCCAAGAGCCCGUCAUAAUCUCAACAUAUCUCUACACACUGAAUAUACAGCUGGAAAUGCUCGUAAUCCGAACAUUCUCGCGAUGGGAGAGCACGGAAAAGCAGACGACGCGUAUACCGCUGAGUCGGGAUUUCUUCAGCCCGGGUGGGCUGCAGAAAUUCUCGAUUCUGUCAGUGCACAGCGGAGGGACAGAUCUUGCGUGUGUAUUUGGGGAGGGCCCGAUAAACAACCAAAACAUGGACGAUUGCAGGAGCUGGGUCCAUUGUACUGCGUUCAUGUUUCCGUCAACUGACGGACGAACUGUCGUGCUCGCUUACAAACCAAGUAACCGUGAGUAAACUUUAGGGUUUCCACGCGUCCCCACCAUGCUGCUUCCUGCCACUGGGCAAAUUCAGUUCCAGCGUAGGUCCAAGAUUGCAUUCUGGUUUGGCUGAGAAACUGGGAGCAGCCGCAGCAGCACCGAUCCCCCUGCUGCCAGGAAAUAGUAGAAUUCUUCAGAGAAAGGUUUCUGCUGUCGAGGCCUUUUUGACUGAAUGUCGGUGGUAAAUUGUCGGCGAGGGUUUUGUGAGAGCAGGUGGUGGUGGUGAUAUUCAUCGAUCAGAGCGUGCAGGGUUUUGGGUUGGUGAAGGUUUAGAGGAGAAGAGAAUUGGUGGGAAGUCAUGGCCAUGGUCAGGCGAAUUGUGGUGUUUCCGGUCCUUGGUCGACGCUGGGCAUUCACUGCUGUCCUUCCGACUGGCUGUGAUGGGAAGAGUCUGCCUGCUGGAAGCUUGAGGAAUCUUCUGGACACCUUACGUUCCACGCCACAAAACAGCGAUCGUGUCGAGCUGCUCACCCAAUAUUUUUCUGAUAAGAUGUACGAGAAAUUUACUGCAUGGGAAGCUACACCAGAAGGCAGCUUUCGCAACCGAUUACAUAGUAUAGGACAGAGAAUGCUCUCUCGGUUAGGUCCGACUGAGACUUUCCUGAAAGCUAUCCCGAAGGAUGCAGGGCUCGUGGAGAUUGUUUACCCAUAUGACAGUAUAAAUUCAAGGCUGGUGCGUCGAAGAGUCAGACAUCUUGCUAUCAGUGGUGAAGUGGUUCAUCGCAGAUACAUGUAUGGAUCGAUUGCUCUUCUUCCUUUUGCCGUAGUUCUGGGGGUUCUUCCCUUGCCCAAUGUGGUCUUGGCUUGGAACUUGUUUCGUGCGUACUCUCAUUGGCGCGCUCUGCAGGGAAGUAGGAGACUCAAUUUUCUGGUGACAGAAUCUAGCUCUGCAUCAGAUGAUGCGAUCACUGGAAAGCAAGGAGAACAAAGUAACACCUUUAAGAGCGACCUCUCUCCAGAUCACAAAACUCAAAGGAACGAGACGACACAUUGGGUAUUGCUACCUUCAAAGAAAUUGGAUACGCUAAUUAAACUCUCGAACGUUCCGAGGGACGCGAUUACUGAUGGGACCGUUGCAGAAAUUUGCAAAGAGUACCCACUGGAUCCUCUUGAAAUCAUGAAGUGGAGAGACCAGAAACUUGCGAUCAAAUCCUUUCGUUAACAUAUCAGGUGAUGUUUUUUGUCAACAAAUAGGACUUUCCAGAUCGCAUCACAAAAGACGUCUGAAGGAUAGUCGAGCUCACUCCCAUACUUAGAGCCGUGAAGUUUAGGCCAAUAUUAUCCGUUAUUGACGCAAAGGCAACGAGCGCACUUGGGCUAUGUUCACUUGGUAAUUUUUAUUCAGUGAUAAACACGAAAAAGUUCAGUGUAUUUUUCACCUGGCUUGAGUUGAGUUUUAGGCAUCAGGCUCGUAUAUUUAUUAUGUCUUCGUCUUCUCAAAGAGUGAUUCUUGGCAACGCUCGUAAUAGCUGUCACUAUGUAUAUGGUAUGGUGUGGUAGUGAAUUCCACCUGUUACUACUGUUCUCGUGUACAACUUUGUUCGUGUCGCAGGAAUGGCAAGCGCUACAUGGAACCUAAUUCGAGCCGUGAACGUUGUACAUGUAGUUGGAUUUCUUCACGGUAACGUUGAAAAACGGUAGCCACUGUCGAUAACAGUGAUGACCUUCACUUGAGAGUUGCUGGUGUAGUCUAGCAAAUUUUUUAAUUCCUUUUUUCAACUUCGACUCAUUUUAGCGCUCUCAAGUAUUUUUUUUUGCUUCUUGAAGGCACUGUUCUUGCAGAAACUGCCAACUAGGUAGUUUGGAUUUGGUAUUUUUAUUGUCACCGUGAGAGUGUACUGUAUUGAUGGUGGUCUUUAUCGUUGGUAUUCUUAUGACUGGGCUCAGUAGGGUCUCUGGAGUAGGUAAUAAUUGUACUACACGAAAGAGUAAUAAAAUUGGUCUGUGAUCCAAAGCA